AUGGCCGGACUCGAAGAGCUGAGGAAAAAGCUCGCGCCCCUCUUCGAUGCCGAGAAGGGUUUCUCAUCUGGGUCAACAAUUGAUCCUACUGAUUCUUACAUGGUCUCAGAUGGUGGAACCGUGAAUUUGCUGAGCAGAUCAUACAAUAUUUACAACAUAAACGAGAUGGGCCUUCAGAAAUGUAGCUCAUCAUCAUCGUCUUCGUCGCCAUGGCCGUUUUUGGCUGAUGAGGGCGAGAAAACGUACAGAUGUGCUUCUCAUGAGAUGAGGAUUUUUGGGUCAAUCGGCUGUGGAGCCAGCAGUGUUGUUCAGAGGGCUAUUCAUAUACCAAAUCACAGAAUUAUUGCUCUCAAGAAGAUUAAUAUCUUUGAGAAGGAAAAAAGACAGCAGCUUCUUACUGAAAUAAGAACAUUGUGUGAAGCCCCAUGCCAUGAAGGCCUUGUCCAAUUUUAUGGUGCUUUUUUUACACCAGACUCUGGACAGAUAAGCAUAGCUUUAGAGUACAUGGAUGGUGGAUCUUUAGCAGAUGUAAUUCGCAUACGUAAAAGUAUACCAGAACCUGUUCUUUCUGUAAUGGUGCACAAACUCUUAAUAGGACUAAAUUACUUGCACGGAGUUAGACACUUAGUCCACAGAGAUAUCAAACCUGCAAAUUUGCUCAUAAACCUCAAGGGCGAGACGAAGAUUACAGAUUUUGGUAUAAGUGCUGGCUUAGAGGAUUCGAUGGCUAUGUGUGCAACUUUUGUUGGAACUGUCACGUAUAUGUCUCCUGAGAGAAUUCGUAAUGAAACUUAUUCUUAUCCGGCUGAUAUUUGGAGCCUUGGCCUUGCGCUUUUCGAAUGUGGGACUGGUGAGUUUCCAUACAGUGCAAAUGACGGUCCUGUUAAUCUUAUGUUACAGAUUUUGGAUGAUCCAUCUCCUUCAUUGUCCGACAAGAAUUUCUCUCCCGAAUUUUGUUCGUUUGUUAAUGAUUGCCUCCAGAAAGAUCCAGCUGACAGGCCUACAGCCGAGAAGUUACUUUCACAUCCAUUCAUCAAAAAGUAUGAGGAUGCUGGGGUUAAGUUGGAAACUUUUGUCCAAAGUAUAUUUGAGCCGACUCAGAGGUUGAAGGAUCUAGCAGAUAUGCUGGCAAUCCACUAUUACUUACUCUUCGAUGGAGUGGAUGAUCUUUGGCAUUACGUGAAGACUUUCUAUGAAGAGGAUUCGGUUUUCUGUUUUGGCGGGAAAGAGUCGGUUGGGCGAGAUGAAAUUUUUUUGACAUUAUCACAGAUUCGAAUGACAUUGAACGGAAAUUGGUCUUCUCAGAAGCUCGUGCAUGUUGUUGAAAAACUUCAGUGCCGUGCUCAAGACCAAAAUGCGAUUGCAAUUCGUGCAAACGGGUCGCUUAUAAUCGGGAAUCAGUUCUUGAUUUGUGGGGAUGGCGUGCAAGUAGAGGGCUUGCCUACUUUUUCGGAUCUUUCGAUCGACUUACCUACCAGCUACACGUUGUUCAAUAAUUAUGAAUCAGAAAAAAGUUUGCGAAGGACAAUAAUGCCAUCUCGGUGUGGAUUUACGGCAAGUUAUCAGCUGUCCGGUUUUAGUUAUCAGCUGCAAGCUUAG